AUGCUCUGCUCAUCCUCGAACCCGGGACGUCCUAUCGACAUCGCGGCCUGGCUUUCGCAGAUCCCCGACGACAUCUGCCCGGAACGCAUUCACCAAGCGGAUCUCGACAGCACCACCGCGAAAUCCCUGAACAAGCGAAAACGGCGACCGCUUCUUGUCUCCCCGCCUCCCUCCGAUCCAACCCGUUCCUUCUCCUCCGACGGCGACGAGGCCCUGCUAGGCAACAUGUCAGACACGCCCUCUUGGAAACGUCAAAAGCGGCAUCACCAAGACGCGCCCGGCAGUCCGACCAACCAACCCCUGUCACAGGAUCCCGAUGCCACACCCACGCAGGCCAGGCAGGUUACCGGCAUCUCCAGAGCCUCUCUGGGCACUCAUACCCCGACUGCGAGCGACCAGGAGUCCGGUGUUUCUAAUGUUUCCGGCCAAUCGUCCCCGACCAAGAGGCUUGCAGCCGUGAGCCUCGGCGAUUCGCCGCUCGAUACAAAAGAGUUCGCCAAAGGCGUCCAGACACCUCCUGCCGGCCCAGCCUUGGACAUGUUCGACAAGAUGGAAGACUUGAACAACAACGAGGGGUUACUGCCAGAGGCAAUGCGUCCUGUCUUCCUGGAGUACUCGAAAAUUGGCAAAAUUCCUCGCGUAGGCAAGGCCGCCUUUGACAAUUCUGGCCAGAGAGAUGCGCUGGGUUCUACGCCGUCCGUCGAUCACGUCCUUGACCUUCUCCAGGAGGCGAUGCGGUGCCAGGAGCUGGUGCACACGGAACACGGCUGGAACUGCAGCGUCCACUUCCCCCUGCUUAAGCUGGCACUCCAUGGCGCUGGCGGCCGCAAGAGGCAGCUUGUCGACUUCGACUCAUGCACGCAUGCAAAGCCCCUUCUCGCCUACCGAUCCCGGUCGGGAUACUCGCCAACACACAUGGUCGAUUUCUGCAUCAACCUCUGCCCCCAACAGGCCGGACCCGAUUAUGCUCAUGUGGUUAACGCGAUUGACGUAUUGCGAACCGAACUUACGGACAAAUCCAUCAAUCACACCGGCCACAACCCCCUCCUACGAGAUCCCAUCUCCGUCAGUAUCGAGACUAAGCGUCCGGAUGAGGGCGGUCAGAAACAGGCAUUGCAGAUCGGUGUGUGGCAGACCGCCCAAUGGCGGCAUCUGGAGAAGCUCGUUCAGAUGCGUCUUGAUGCUGAUGGCGAGCCACCCCAGACUCGCCAAGAACGCUGUGACGAGGUCCUCGGCCAGCUUGACUACCUUCCCGCCCUACUUGUGCGAGGUCACGACUGGUACUUCGCGGCGACAAGGAAAGAGGGCCGGAAAACGGUUCUUUGGCGCGAAGUCCCCAUUGGAACGACCAGAAACGUCCUUGGCAUCUAUCGGAUCAUCUACGCCAUCCAGCUUCUUGCGGAGCACUCGAGGGAUUGUUUCUGGCCGUGGUACCUUCGCGCGAUCUUGGGUAUCUCGACGAACAGUGAUGCCGACAUGACUGGCGAUACAAACACCGCCGCCGAUGCCAACGAAAGCACCAACGCCGACAGUUGA